UGAACUUUAUUUUCCCCUCGACUUCGGACAAAAUUAUAACCCGAUCGAUCCGCUUUCCCGGCCACCACCACCCGUCUACAUAUAUUUUUCCAUGUGCGACCACUUCACCGCGCCGCGCGGGUCAAUUUUCAGCCGAGGCAACGCGUGCAGAACGCAGUCUGCAGCUGAUAGAAACUUAGACGCUGAUGUGAGGUGGAGGUUCAGCCUCAGCACCUUCUCUGUUACCUCCCCCCUCCUCCUGCCUUCUCUGCGCUCUCCAUCCCUCCCCAUGCACCCGGAUCGCUCCCCGUGCGCGCCUCUCACCAAAAUCUCUUUGCUUUCUUCUUCACGCUCUGCUCCUGUAAAGUAAUACCAAACCAUUUUUUCGGACAGCUGCAAGCUUAGAGAGGAGUCAAUUUUUUUUUUCUCUUGACAACUUUUUUUGGAGAUAACUUUUCCUCUCUCUCUCUCUCUCUCUUUCUCUCUGUUCCGCGCCUCUAGAUCUGUCGCAAUUUAUCUCCCGUUCGCGCCGGUAUUUACUCACAACAACACUCAUGCAUCAUUUCAGUGUAGAGUAGUUUAAUCCAGAGGGCGGGAAGGAUGCGCUGUCCGAUCUCCUAAAACUGCACAAUUACCACCAGUCCUCCACGCAAGUCGACGGGAUUCCCAUUCCAGCCCAAGAGGGAGCUGCUGGACAAGUCAAUGAAGGUGCGCCGGUGAAGUGACGCUUUUCUGCGGUGCGACAGCGGCGCUCUCCCACGUGUCCUCCCUCUUCCCGGACCGGAACCCCCCGCAGCGGCGAACAGACUUCGACCCAGGCCGGGAGACGGUGAUCAGGCUUCGGCCUCAGGUGCAUCUCUGAGGCGGGGCGACGCGGAAGGUCCAGGUGUUGUGGAGGCAUGGACUGCAACUGCGUCAGCGAUCUGCUGAUCCCACCGGUGCCCGCCCUCUGGACCCCAGGGUUCGCUUUCCCGGACUGGGCCUACAAACCUGAGUCGAGCCCAGGGUCCAGGCAGAUCCAGCUGUGGCACUUCAUCCUGGAGCUGCUGCAGAAGGAGGAGUACCAGGGGGUGAUCGCCUGGCAGGGAGACUACGGGGAGUUCGUCAUCAAGGACCCAGACGAGGUGGCCCGGCUGUGGGGGAUCAGGAAGUGCAAGCCCCACAUGAACUACGACAAGCUGAGCCGGGCGCUGAGGUAUUACUACAACAAGCGCAUUUUGCACAAAACCAAAGGGAAGCGGUUCACCUACAAGUUUAACUUCAGUAAAGUGGUGCUGGUGAACUACCCCAUCCUGGACAUGGCCAACUCUCCCUUCUUUCUGGCCCAGAACCACUUUAACGGGGGCUCGGCUGCUCCGGACUGCAGCCCAGAGGUACGAACGGCCAUCCAGUCCCUGUUUCCUCGUUUGCCGGACACCGGCCGAGGAACCUCCCUGUUUGACCGAGGAUCCACGGCGCCGGGACCUGAAGGAGAUAAACUGAGACUGGACGCGUUCCCUUUCCUCGGUUCAGGUGCCCCGUGCUAUUCCAAACCUCCGUCCCUGCUGGGCCCGUACCCUCGCAACCCACCCUUUGACUACCCCUGGAGUUUCAACCCGUACCUCCCGGGGGCCUUCUCUCUCAACAACUGCCCCAAACUGCCCCCUGGCUCCCUCUACCCCUCCCAGUUUUACCCCAACCCUUUGCAGAGCAGCCUUUCCCAGCUGCCUCAUCCCUUUUCCUCACUACUCCCCCCAGGGGAGGCUGCCGGAGGUGAGAGGGGAGCGCCGGGGCAGACUGGCGGGACAAACGGCACAGCGGGUGGUCAGCCCGCUCGGCUCUGCUUGCCCCCCUACCCGAGCGGCCUGUCGAUGGGUCGGACUGACAUCGGCAACGGGGCGACGCUGGGGGAGAGGGUGGAGGCAAACCCUCCGAGCACAGGCCUGGGUCUGGGUUUGGGGGCCGUGAGCCUCGGAGCCGGGGCAGGCCAGCAGAGCCCCACGGAGAGGAGGGGCGGGGUGAAGCAGGACCCGGAAUCGGACUCGGACCUGGAGAUAACGGAUCUGAGCGACUGCAGCUCGGACAACGAGAACGAGCAUGACUUUGGCAUCGGGAAGGAGUCGAGCCUGGUGAGCCGGUCGCCGCUUGUGUUGGAUGGGAAAAAGGGGAGCCUGCUACCUCCCAUCACCUCGCUCCCCCCACCGGUGUCCCCUCAUCCGCUGAAGAGCCUGAUGCCCCUCACUCCUCCACCUCCUUCCCUGCCUCCGUCGCUCUCCCCCUCCAUGGCUCUGCACGACAGACACAGGGAGGCAGAGACUCUGAAAAUGAUCCACAGCUAAGACAUUUUCUGACCAUGCUGACCGGGUCUACGCUCUGAUAACUCUCUUCUUCUUUCCUGCUUUAAGCGAUCAAAUCUCAAUCUCACGCUUGGUUAUAAUUUUUUCCAGGUGUAGCACUUACAUCCCCUACGCCGAAACGGUUUGCUGUGUAAGUUUUUUCACUCAUCGCCCCGCUGUCUCUUCCAGAUUGGAUUGCAAUAUUGUUUAGCUGUUAAUGUGUUCGUUUUUCAUUCUGUCUUUUCUGUUUUGAUUCAUCACACCAAAUGUGUGCAAGAACUCUUCAAUUUGCUGUCUGUAGCGGGGCUUUGAGAAGAGGGCAACAAGGUGGCAAAUUACAUAUUACUUCUGGCUGUAAAAAUAUGAACAUACUCGAACAAAUCAUAAUAGCCAAAGCAAAUGUCCAAUUUUACAUAUUUUCAUUUGAAUUCUCGGGGCUGCAAAAUACAUUAAGAGACAUGGUCAAAUAUUGCCACCUAGUGGUUCUCUUAGGCAAUACACUCUAGAGCCUUCACCUUAGUACCUUUGCAAAAGUAGGCACACCACUUUAACUUUUCCCCAUUUUGUCCUGCUACAUGCACAUAUUUCAGUAUAUGUUAUUGUAAUAUUUCUGGUUGGACUGUAGUAGUGUAUAAUUGCGAAUAGGAAGGAAAAUAAUGCAUGGGUUUCAAAGGUUUUUACAAAUGAAAAUCUAAAAAGUGUGGCGUGCAUGUAAAAUCAGCCCCCUCUAAUUUCAGGAUUUGUAGAACCACUGUUUGCUGCGAUUACAGCUGCAAGUCUAGUCUCUCAACCAGCUUUGACUAUCUAGAUACGUUAUAUUUUUGCCUUUCUUCUUUACAACAAAACUGAAGCCCAGGCCGACUGAAUGAAGUGCAGCUCUGAAUAUCACCAUUCAAGUAUCGCUAUAGAGUCAGGUUUAGGCCAUUCUUCCAUGUGAAUAUGAUCUAAGUCAUGCUAUUGUAUCUCUGGCUGUAUGGUUUGGGUUUCUGUGCUGCUAGAGGCUGAAACUCUUCCCCAGCUUUAAGUCUUUUGUAACUUCUAAGAGGUUUCCUCAGAGAAUUGCGCUAUGUUUGACUUCAUCAAUUCCUUCAGUCAGCUCUGGCCAGGUUCCCUGUCCCUGCUGAAGAAACGUGUCUCAGCAUUUCGUAGCAGGCAUGUUAUGUUCAGGAUGUCAGUUUUUCUGCCGCUCACAAACAUAUUCUUAUCUCAUCUGAAAAGAAGACGUUCUUCUGCAUGUUACCUAUGUCCCCUACAUGUCUUGUGGCAACAUGUGGAGGGGACUUCUUGAGUCUUUAUCAGCAACAAUGGCUUUCUUCUUGCCCUGUUUCCAUAAAGACCAGAUACGUGAAGCGAAGAAUUAAUAGCUGUCCUGUCAGCAGGUCCUCCUAUCUGAUCUGGGGCUCUCUGCAGCUCCUCCAGAGUUACCAUGGGCCUUCUGGCUGUUUCUCUGAUUAAUGAUUUCCUUCCCUGACCUGUCAGUACAGCCUGACUGGCAGUUGUUUGUAGGUUUAUAGCCACACAACACAGAUAAAACAGAACCCUGUGGGGUGUUCAAAGCUUGAGGAUAAUGCUUUAUAAUUUAACCCUGCUUUAACCCUCUUUGCGUCUUUAUUUCUGACUUGUCUCCUGCGUUUCUUGUUCUCCACGAUGUUGUUUUCCGACAAACUUCUGAGGUCUUAACACUAAUUAGGUGACUUGUGUAGGCAAUUGGUUUAGCUGGAUUUUAUUUACUGCACCAGAGUAAGGGGGGUAGAGAGCAAGAGCAUGCCAGAUUUUUUGAAAACCAUGUAUUAUUCCUUUUUCACCUAUUCACUGCUUUGUGCUGCUUUGUCAAAACCAUUCCAAUAGAACAUAUGGAAAUCGUGCUUGUUACGGGACUAAAUGCCAAAUUUAAAAAAAGGUUGAAAACUUUAGCAAUGCGCUGUUGUAUGUAUAAACUGUCCCUCCAAACAAACUGUCCCCUUUUAAAUAAGCACUGUUUCAUUUUUUUAUUCAAAUAAAAAGAAUACAUUAUUUAGUCGGUUUUAACAGUAUCACUCUGUGAAUGUUGAAUUCUUGCUGCACUUUUUACAAACAGGAAUGAAAAAGAGAGGCGAGCGAGCUGGAUCAGUUCCAAAUUUGUAUGAAUAUUUCUGUGUAUAUAUUUUAAGAUGGUGUACAUGGCAUUUAAUUAUGAUUCCUCUAUGAUAAGAUUUACCUGUAUCGUUGUGAUUUACUUCAGUAUUUAAACAUGUUGGAAACUUAUAAGCGUCGGUGUAUCAAGGUUCAAACUAUUAAUGGAAGAAGAUCCGCAAUCUGAAAAUGAAGGAAGAGCUCUGUCUUACAUUUUUAUUUAUUUAUUUAUUUGUUUAUUUAUUUAUUUAUUUAUUUAUUUAUUUCCUCUUUUAAUUUCUGAUUUCAGUCUGCCCCAGCUAAUUGUGCCCUUUGGUCAUUUUUACUACAUGCCCAGUGUGGAAAUAAAUACCCGUUGGGUUUUACAAAAACAUACUGGCAGACACAUUUUUAUAGUGAACGUUAAGCCAGUGUGAAACUACUGUAAUUAGUCAAAUGUUAAUGUGAUUGGUUUUUGGACUUUCUUUUUUAAAUCCUCCCCAAAAAAUUGCUUCGUUCAUUUAUCAGUCUGUUUUUUAUUUCCUUCUUUCUUUAUUUAUUACUUGUCCCUGCAGAAACAAACCAUUAAAUAAUGUGAAAAAAAAAAACAUUUGUUCCCUAAACACUGUUGUACAGUUUUUUAUUUUAGCAGCCUUUGCUUUGUCAGGCAGUGUCACUUUCAAGGAUCCUCUGUGAAAGCUCUGUUGUAAACUUACUGUAAAGCUUUAUGUUUUGUUGAGUUGUUCCAGGAAAGGUCACAAGUCACCCUUGUGUGAAAUACCAAGCUGUAAAUACUGUUUCCUUUCUGUGUGUAUGUGUGUGUGUACACAUCCCAAAAUGAAAAUGCAGUGAGUCUACCGAUCAUCUUUCUUUAUUUUACUGUAAAGAGGACAAAAAAUGAAUUUGCCAAAAGGAGAAAAAGAUUAAUAUCUUCAAAAAGCAAUAAAUAUUAUUCUGGA